GAAGUAAUAUGUUGGUGGGGAGGACGCACGAGCCAUUUGGAUUUAAAUUGUGAGUGACUCAGUUGAACAAAACAUCUCAUCGGGCCUGGACACAUAAGUCAGACAGUGUACAUACUGGUGUUUUUUUUUGUUAAUAAAUAAUAUAAUUGUGUGAGAGAAGAUUUGAGUUUUUUGUGAUACUAAUUGUGUGUUUGACCAAAAUGUUACCAGUUUAUGUUGUGUGAUAUUACUUAAAGUUUCUAACAUAUAAAGGCUGUACACUGUUGUCUCUGUAUCAUCUUAAAAGUGAUAAUCAAGCUCAAAAUUGUCGUGUCACGGAAAUUAUUCUUUUUGACGUAGUGCGUUUCCAAUAUCUUAUCUUUCUUUAUUCCAUAAAAAUAUCGCGCGGAAAUUCCCAUUAGAUCUCUCUACAAUACAUCGAUCAUGGCAUCACGAUCUGCUCCCCUUCAGGAUGAUCAGAAAUUUGCUCUCAUGAAGUUUCGUCGAAAUGUGGCGGACGUAUUGAAACCAGAACACGAUGAUUAUUAUUUGCUUCGAUGGCUUCGAGCAAGAAAUUGGAAUCCUGACGCUGCUGAGAAAAUGCUGAGAAAUAGUGUUAAAUGGCGCGAGAGAUGGGGAGUAGACAAAAUCGAAAGCUGGAAAACUCCUCAACCACUUAUGGACUAUAUCGUUCAUGGAUUAGCGGGCUAUGAUCGAGAAGGCGCUCCAUUUCUAGUUAUUCCCUUUGGUCCUCUGGAUAUGUGGGGUAUACUUCAUACAGUUUCUCAAAGUGAUUUAAUUCGAGUAACCAUACAGCAUCUAGAGAAACACCUACAACUCGCUUAUCAGCAAAGUCUCAAACAUGGGAAUAAUGCACGACAAUUAGUGGUUUUAUUCGACAUGGACGGAUUUAAUGUGAAGCAGUAUACUUGGCGUCCCGCAGCAGAAGCCGUAAUUCAACUAAUCAAAAUGUAUGAAGCCAACUAUCCGGAAAUCCUCAAAUUCUGCUACAUUAUAAAUGCACCAAAAGUUUUUGCCUUCGUAUUUAAUAUGGUACGAAAGUUCCUAGAUGAGUACACCGUCAAUAAGAUUCAUAUCUACAAGGCAGAUCCACAGAAGUGGUAUCCAGCUAUCAUUGAGCGAAUCGAUGAAGGAAAUGUACCAAAGCAUUACGGUGGUACACUUGUAGACAGUAAGGGUGAUCCCAAAUGCCAAGAAUUUAUCUUAUGGGGUGGCAAAGUUCCCGAAACAAUGUACAACAAGAAGGAUGAUGAAAAUAACAAUGACUUCAGCGAGGCAACAAUACGAAAAGGGGGCAAACUCAAAAUGGAAUUUGAUUGCAAAGAUGAUGGAUGUUUUCUCAAAUGGGAAUUCAGAACCUAUGACCAUGACAUAAGAUUUGGCAUCAAAUGCAAAAAUGAGAAAACGGGUGAACUUACGGAAGAAAUUCCUCUAAAACGGGUCGCAUCCCAUCAACUUGAUGAAGUGGGAUUCAUUACAUGUCAUCCAAAUUGCAAAUAUUUUGUUGUUUUCGACAAUACCUACAGUUAUUUAAGGAAUAAGAAAAUUCGCUAUUCUGUCAUCCUCACGGAACCAAUGGACGAACCGGAUAUUUUGGAUGUCAGGGACUAAGAACGGGCAUUCUAUUGUAAAAACAGAAAAGCGAGACAACUGUGAAGUACUUUCCAAAAAGUAAGAAAAAAAAUAACCGAGAUGUCUCUACCAAAUACUAGCAAUGAAUUUAAGGAAAUGUGACAAAAUUUGAUUUGCAAAAGAUAGAAAGAAUUUAUUAAAAAAAAGGGUCGAUUUUAUAGUACUGCAUUCACUUACACUAUAUUUAAUUUUUUUUGUAUUAUUAGUUUACUUAAAAAAAUGGGGGUGUUUGUAUAUUACCUAAGAAAAUUAUUAAAAAAUUUUGUGGAUAUUAAAAAAGGCUGUACACUUUGUUAUAUUUUUAUAUUACUCAAUUUAAUGUGAAUUUAGUCCACUUUAAGUCUCACUUUUGUGACUAAUUAGUAGACAUUUUUUUUUUAUGCCAUCAGAGUGUUUCAAAAAAAAAGGAAGAUGGCAACAAUUAAAAGUGAUUUUAAAAGUUUAUCUAUAAGGUAGCAAUCGAAAAAAAUCAGUAUAAAAAUUUAAUUUGCAAUGAGAAUUAUAUCGCGAGGCAAGAAAUUAAAAGACAAAUAACAAGUUGUAAUGGAUUUUAAGGGGAGAAAAAAAAUGAGAAAAAAUAUACGGUUUUAAGUGGUAUAAAUAAAA